AUGGAGCGCGUACGCGAUUGCGGGCCGGCGGAGAGCGGCAGUUUGAUGGAGCACGACCACGGCCUGGAGGAGAUCGCGAGUGUGAUGGAGCGCGACGGCGGUCCCCGGCUGGAGACCGCGAACGGCGUGGGGAGCGACGGUGACCACGUGCAGGAGACCGAGAGCGGGCCGCCGAUCGCCGUCUGCCACGAACUGGUGAUGGUGAGGGAGAUGGGGUGCGGCGUGUCCCACGAGCCGAUGGCGAUACCGAAGGCGACGCAUCACGGCUUUGACGAGCAGACUGGGAGCGCGAACGCGUGCGUUGACUUCCCGGCGUUCCGGAGGAAGAUGGCGAUACGGCUUGGCUGCGACGGCGACGUUCGCGAGCAGUGGAUGAACCCGUCGGAGAGUGGCUUGGCCUCGAAUGUUCCGUUGAAAGAAGCGGCGACCGCGAUUCAGCCC